CUUGGCGGUGUAAGCGGAGAACUGUCUCGGAGGUGCUGGAGACUCACUUGAAAAACAACAGCUAACGUUAACGCUAGCCACUGGAGUUGCUAGCAAACGCAGUUUAGCAACUGUUGUUAACAUUAAAGUAGCGUUGGAUUUAAUCGCAAUACACCAAACGUAGUCUUCUAUUCAACCCCAUGACGGUGAGAAAGACAAUGGUCCAUGAAGAGUUUUGGAUACACAGAGAGUGGCUUGUCCACCAAGGUCAUCAUCAGACACUGGAGCACCUAUAAAACACUCAAAACUGGUAAACCAUGAUCCCCAUCACUGAGUUGCGGUACUUUGUGGACACACAGCCGGCAUACCGCAUCCUGAAACCAUGGUGGGAUGUGUUCACAGACUACAUAUCCAUUGUUAUGCUUAUGAUUUCUGUGUUUGGGGGGACACUGCAGGUCACCCAGGACAAGAUGAUCUGCCUGCCCUGCAAAUGGGUGGUCAAUCAAACCUGCAGAAAGAACUUCAAUUCUACUCUCUCCUCAUCAUUGUUCUUGGAGCCCAAAGGGAUCCAGUAUGAUUUGGACCGCCACCAGUACAACUAUGUGGAUGCUGUGUGCUAUGAGAAUAGAUUGCACUGGUUUGCCAAGUAUUUUCCUUACCUAGUAUUACUUCACACACUUAUUUUCCUAGCUUGCAGCAACUUUUGGUUUAAGUUCCCACGGACUAGUUCCAAACUAGAGCACUUUGUAUCCAUCUUGCUGAAAUGCUUUGACUCCCCAUGGACAACUAGGGCACUGUCGGAGACAGUGGUUGAAGAGAGUGACCCAAAGCCAAUGAAAAUGAACGGCUCAAUGGACCACAAGGAGUCUGUUAUCAGUGAGGACGUUGAAGCCAGUGUCCCUAUGCUCCAAAGAACAAAGACACGUCUUGAGCAGGGCAUUGUAGAUAGAACAGAAACCGGGGUUUUGGACAAGAAAGAGGGUGAACAAGCAAAAGCACUCUUUGAAAAAGUCAAAAAGUUCCGUAUACACGUUGAAGAAGGAGACAUUGUAUACAGACUGUAUAUCCGUCAAACUAUCAUCAAAGUUAUCAAGUUUAUUCUGAUAAUCUGCUAUACAGGGUAUUACGUUCAUGAUAUUAAGUUCAGUGUUGACUGUUCGGUGAAUAUAGAGAGCCUGACCGGUUACAGUGUGUACCGAUGUGCUCACCCCUUGGCUACACUUUUUAAAAUAUUAGCCUGUUUCUACAUUAGCUUAGUAAUGGUGUAUGGUUUGAUCUGCAUGUACACACUUUCUUGGAUGCUUCGGCGCUCUCUAAAGAAGUACUCCUUUGAGUCAAUACGGGAAGAGAGCAGCUACAGUGACAUACCGGAUGUGAAGAAUGACUUUGCAUUCAUGAUGCACAUGAUAGACCAGUAUGACCCUCUGUACUCUAAACGCUUUGCUGUGUUCCUCUCAGAAGUAAGCGAAAAUAAACUUAGGCAACUCAACCUCAACAAUGAGUGGACGCUGGACAAGCUCAGGCAAAGGAUUACCAAGAACUCUCAAGAGAAGUUGGAGUUGCACCUUUUCAUGCUGAGUGGCAUUCCAGACACAGUAUUUGACCUGAUGGAGCUGGAGGUUGUUAAACUGGAGCUUAUCCCUGAUGUCACCAUCCCUCCGAUCAUCGCCCAGUUGGUCAACUUGCGAGAGCUGUGGCUUUACCACACACCGGCCAAAAUCGAAGCUCCAGCAUUGGCUUUUUUGCGUGAGAACUUGAAGUCUCUGCACAUCAAGUUCACUGACAUCAAAGAGAUUCCCUUAUGGAUCUACAGUUUGAAGAAUCUUAGUGAGCUUCAUCUCACAGGGAAUCUCAGUGCGGAGAACAACCGUUACAUUGUCAUUGAUGGGCUCCGGGAGCUAAAGAGGCUCAAAGUUCUUCGUCUGAAGAGCAAUCUCACCAAGCUACCUCAGGUAGUGACUGAUGUGGGCAUGCACCUCCAGAAGCUUUCCAUCAAUAAUGAAGGGACCAAGCUGAUGGUGCUCAACAGCCUGAAGAAGAUGGUCAAUCUGACCGAGCUAGAGCUCGUUCGCUGUGAUCUAGAACGCAUACCACACUCAAUCUUCAGCUUGCACAACUUGCAGGAGAUUGAUUUAAAAGACAACAAUCUAAAGACCAUUGAGGAGAUUAUCAGCUUCCAGCACCUUCAUCGGCUGGUCUGCCUUAAGCUCUGGUACAACCAUAUCGCCUAUAUUCCUAUCCAGAUUGGCACACUGACCAACCUGGAGAAACUGUACCUGAACAGAAACAAGAUAGAGAAGAUCCCCAGCCAGUUGUUUUAUUGCCGCAAGCUGCGCUUCCUGGACUUGAGCCAUAACAGCCUAACCUAUAUCCCUACAGACAUAGGCUUCCUCCAGAAUCUUCAGUACCUGGCAGUUACUGCCAAUAGGAUUGAGGGCCUGCCUAAUGAGCUGUUCCACUGCAAAAAGCUUCGCACUUUGAACUUGGGGAACAAUUGCCUGCAGUCUCUGCCAUCGCGGUUCGGAGAGCUGACCGGGCUGACACAGCUAGAGCUGAGAGGAAACCGUCUGGAGUGUCUGCCUGUGGAGCUGGGCGAGUGCCGACAGCUAAAGAGAACGGGUCUUGUGGUAGAGGAGGAUCUCUUUAACACCCUGCCCACGGAGGUCAAG